AUGCGCUCGUCAACAGACGUGACAUCCGGGCAACUCUCGAGUUUUCGGACGCCCGACCCCAGUGCUGGCAGUGGAGCCUCGCUGUUUGCGGCGCCGCCUUCGUUCGUUGAAUACCAGCGACUCCAACUUUUCGACUACGGUCCCGCGGCUAGUAGACUCCGGAUUGUUCAGCCGGGACUCCUGGGCGCCUACGCCGCCGCCGGGUUCGGACCCUAUCCCGCGCCGGGAACCGAAACCCUCUUUGGCUUCCCUCCUUUCUUCAGGUUCGAUCCCAGGUCCCGGUUCGUGCAAGAGGAGCCCAAGCCUCAGCACAGCUACAUCGGACUCAUCGCCAUGGCCAUUCUCAGUUCGGUGGAAAAAAAGAUGGUGCUGAGUGACAUCUACCAGUACAUCCUCGACAACUACCCCUACUUCAGGAACAGGGGUCCCGGAUGGAGGAACUCCAUCAGGCACAACUUGUCCCUGAACGACUGCUUCGUGAAGGCAGGAAGGAGUGCCAACGGCAAGGGACACUACUGGGCCAUACACCCUGCCAACGUGGAGGACUUCAAGAAGGGUGACUUUAGGCGCCGUAAGGCGCAAAGAAAGGUCCGUAGACACAUGGGACUCUCGGUACCGGAGGAGGAUGACAGUCCUACUCCGACACCCCCUCCAGCGGUCACAGCAGAAAGCCCGCAAGCAGCACUGUGCUGGGAGAACGGUCCAGCACUGACCGGGCUGUCCCACAAGCUCUCGGUUUCCAUCAAGCGCCGCCAGUUCGACAUGGAAAGCCUCCUUGCGCCAGACCCGUCCCCAGAGGACUCGCCACAACAACCACCUGGUGCCUGGUGCUCGCCGUGUCCACUAGUCGACUCCCUUCCACUUGCCGCUUCGACCUGGGCGCCCCAGCCGUCCACGUCUCUUCUGGCUAUACAUCAAGAGCGGCUGUCGUUGUUCAGAGCUCAGCACCAGGAUCAAAUUCUUCAGCGAUGGUGCAGCGGACAGACUACAACGCAGCAGUCUCUGGCGUCUGUGUCUCCUGACAUCGAGGGAAACAAGCUGAAUUGUACACCACCUUAA